GAAACGGCGAGAUGCAGAAGGCAACGUACUACGACAGCUCCGCAAUUUACAGUGGCUACCCGUAUCAAAGCGCAAAUGGCUUCAGUUAUGAUGCCAAUCAGGUCCAAUAUCCCCGGGCCUCUCAUGUGGAAAGUGAGUACCAUCGACCCGCCUGCUCCUUGCAGUCCCCAGACGGCUUGGUCGCCCUGCAGAAGCCGGGGGAGAUGGCGGAGAACUGCGAUAGGGGUACGGCCAUCCAGGCAGCGCAGCCACCCGUCCUCACCGAAAGCAAUCAACCGCAGAUGUCGGUGGCUGUCCCACCACCCCCUCCCCAGUCACAGUCCCCCGGUUCUCACAACCAGAACACGAGCAACGGCUCCUGUCAACCCAACUCAAAGAGCUCGGUGCACGGCUCGCCGAACACCACCCGGAAGCACAUCUUCCCCUGGAUGAAAGAGUCCCGUCAGAACCAGAAGCCUAAAACCAGUAGCUCCAGCUCAGUUGAGAGUUGCCCUGGAGACAAGAGCCCCCCGGGCGGGUCUGCCGCGUCGAAGAGAGCCCGGACGGCUUAUACCAGCGCACAACUGGUGGAACUGGAGAAGGAGUUCCACUUCAACCGUUACCUUUGUAGACCCCGCAGGGUCGAGAUGGCCAACCUGCUCAACCUCACAGAGAGGCAGAUUAAGAUCUGGUUCCAGAACCGCAGGAUGAAGUACAAAAAGGACCAGAAAGGGUGCGGCAUGAUGCCCUCUCCCGGGGGACAGUCCCCUCGGAGCCCCCUCGGUCCAUCUCCUGGUGUUGGGGGUGGAGGAUACCUAAACUCUAUGCAUUCUCUGGUUAACAGUGUCCCCUAUGAGUCCCAGUCGCCAACGUCUUACAAUAAGCCCCCUCAUAAUGCAUACGGUAUGCCCACGUCAUAUCCCCCUCCCUUGAACAGCUCCCUAAACAACUGCCCGCCCUCUCAGAAGAGGUAUCCCGGGACUGGCGGCUCGGCUACGCCCGAGUAUGACGCGCAUCCUCUCCAAGGCAAUGGCGGCUAUGGGACGCACUUGCAGCAGGGAAGCCCUGUAUAUGUAGGCGGAGGUUACAUCGAUUCGAUGCCCAACAACAGGGCCUCCGUUUUUGGCCUGACCCAUCUCUCGCACCCGCCGUCCACAAACAUGGACUACAAUGGAGCAAUCACUAUGGGCAAUAGUCACCAUCACAGAGUAUGUGAUCCAAGUCAGACGUACACAGACCUUAAUACGCAGCACUACUCUCAGGGAAGAAUUCAGGAAGCGCCCAAACUGACGCAUCUGUAGCCGGGUUGCACCCUGGAUCACUCCGCCCCAUUGUCUUACCUCUCGAACCACCAUCGCUUUGUUUCUUCUCUUCUUCAGUAGCUUUUUCCACCUUCUCUUUGUUCUAGGUUAUGUUUGUUAUUUUUUAUAUAGUUUAAUGUGUGAAGUAGCAUAGGAAAGUAAUCACUCUUGCUUGAAAUGUUCUCUCUAUUUGCUAUAGUGUUAUUGUUCCACACAGACCUAUUAUCUGAGACGACAAGCGCGGGGGCACAUACGCAUAGACCUAUUUAAUCUUUAACUUGUUUCUAAAAACAAAUCAAACAGGGUAUAUAAACAAAUCUUAUGGUAUUAUUUUAAUGUGAAUGUGUUAGUUUUUUGGUAUUUAUCAGCAGUUGAAGAUUUGUUUUGUGUUAUUGUUUUGCAUUUUGUUGCACUUGUGGAAGGAUCCUUAAAAAAAGGGAGGUCUGGAAGCUCCAGCCUACGACCUAACCAGCUUGUGUUCUGUUGGACUUUCAAAAUGUUAUUUAUUUAUAUGACGACGUUAUAUGGAGUUCUUUAGUAUUAUUUGAACCCCCUGUGCUCUUUGUAUGUGGAGGCUAUUGGAACCAGACCUAGGUUCUGGUUCUACCGCUUACCUGACAUCAGACAGACGACAGCGAGACAGACCCUCAGCAGCACACUGAUAUGUUGGUGUAAUUUUUUUAUUCUUCGAGGAGGUAUUUUAUUUCUCUACGAAUGCAAAUCAAGCAAUCAUAUGCUUGGAAGGACGGACAUAUAUUAGAUGUUUCUUUAUUGAACAAAUAUUCUAGAUAUCACCAAGUUUCUGUUUCAAUGUCAUACAUUCCAUGCUGCUCCAGUUCGAAUAAAGAAAUAAAUGAAUUGAAA